AUGCCAGUGUGUAAGAGCUGUCACGGAACAGAGUUUGAAAGAGAUCUCUCUAACGCUAAUAAUGAUUUGGUUUGUAAGGCCUGUGGUGUUGUUUCAGAAGACAACCCUAUCGUUUCCGAAGUAACAUUUGGGGAGAGCAGUGCAGGUGCUGCUGUCGUUCAAGGUUCCUUUAUCGGUGCCGGUCAAAGUCAUGCCUCGUUUGGUGGCUCCAGUGCUCUGGAAUCUAGGGAGGCUACUCUAAAUAACGCAAGAAGAAAGUUACGUGCGGUUUCUUACGCAUUACAUAUUCCGGAAUAUAUAACCGAUGCCGCCUUCCAGUGGUAUAAACUUGCGUUGGCUAAUAAUUUUGUGCAGGGUCGUCGAUCCCAAAAUGUUAUUGCUUCCUGUCUUUAUGUGGCCUGUAGAAAGGAAAAGACCCAUCAUAUGCUGAUUGACUUUUCAUCAAGAUUGCAAGUGAGUGUGUAUUCUAUCGGUGCUACAUUUUUGAAAAUGGUGAAAAAACUGCACAUUACAGAAUUGCCGUUAGCAGACCCUUCUUUAUUUAUCCAGCAUUUCGCUGAAAAACUAGAUCUUGCUGAUAAAAAGAUUAAGGUUGUUAAAGAUGCCGUGAAAUUGGCCCAAAGGAUGUCGAAAGACUGGAUGUUUGAAGGACGUAGGCCUGCAGGUAUUGCUGGGGCAUGUAUUCUACUAGCGUGCAGAAUGAAUAAUUUAAGAAGAACCCACACGGAAGUUGUGGCGGUUUCGCAUGUUGCUGAGGAAACUUUGCAGCAGCGGUUGAACGAGUUCAAAAACACAAAAGCUGCAAAGCUUUCCGUUCAAGAUUUCAGAGAAAAUGAUGUGGAAGAUGGUGAAGCUAGACCUCCUUCCUUUGUGAAGAAUAGAAAGAAGGAAAAAAAAAUAAAAGAUACUCUAGACAAGGAAGAAAUGUUUCAAACCAGUGAAGAAGCAUUAAAUAAAAAUCCGAUAUUGACACAAGUUUUGGGAGAACAAGAGCUAUCUUCCAAAGAAGUUCUGUUCUACUUGAAACAGUUUUCGGAGAGGAGGGCUCGUGUCGUAGAGAGAAUUAAGGCCACUAAUGGCAUAGAUAGCGAGAAUAUACAUCACGAAGAUUUUGAAAAUGAAAGUGGUAAACGCAACAUUUCUGGAACUGUUACCGGGGAAGAACGAGAAGAAGAUGGAGAACAGGAUGAGGUGAAAGAAAGUAAACAAAAAAAUAAGAGGUCAAAGACGAAAACAACCAGAGAAGAUGAGCAAAAUGAAGCUGGCCAUUUUCAAGAUGCCAUUGAUGGCUAUUCCCUAGAAACGGACCCACACCGUCCUCGCAAUUUGCAUUUGUUGCCUACAACGAAUGCUUACCUGUCGAAAGUUAGUGACGAUCCCGACAACCUAGGGGAUGUUGAUGAUGAAGAGUUAAAUGCUCAUUUGUUGAAUGAAGAGGCCUCUAAGCUGAAGGAGAGAAUUUGGGUCGGUUUGAAUGCAGAUUUUUUACUUGAACAAGAGAGUAAAAGAUUGAAGCAAGAAGCCGACAUUGCUACCGGCAACACCUCAGUAAAAAAGAAACGCACGAGACGUAGGAAUAAUACUAGAAAUAACGAGCCUACAAAAUCUGUGGACGCAGCAGCGGCUAUCGGAUUGAUGUCAGACUUGCAAGACAAAUCAGGUUUGCAUGCUGCAUUGAAAGCAGCUGAAGAAAAUGGUGAUUUCACCACUGCAGAUAGCGUCAAAAACAUGUUACAAAAGGCAAGUUUCUCUAAAAAGAUUAACUAUGAUGCUAUCGAUGGUUUGUUUAGGUGA